AUGGCGACCUUCUCCCUCCUCCCCACCGAGCUCGUGGAGUACAUUGUAUCCUAUCUCGCUCAGCACGACAUUUACGCUGUUUGCCGGAUCAACAAGAGUCUUUUAAAUCUAGCCAUACCAUUCCUGUACCGUCACGUUGAUCUCUUCAUACCGCCUGGCAACAAACUCCCCAGGAUCGAUCGCUUCUGCCUAAACAUCAUCAGCGAUAGCCGCAAAGCCAACAAUGUCGAGUCAGUCCGCCUGGGACUAUCCCCAAGCGAAGAGGUCAAACAGGGUCAGCGUUGGCUGGCACCGGAUAAGACCUUUGAUGAUAAACAGAUGUUUCGGAAAGCUAUGGUCGCGUUGAGUGAUGAGACGUUGGUGGCUGCCGGAGACUAUCUGAGAGACGCCAUCUACAUGCGCGAGUACUCUGCCUAUGCAGCGCUCGCCCUUCUCGUCCUUCCCAAACUCCGUCGACUCGACGUAGCAGACUACAAGCAGGCCACCUUCGACCAUCUCCACAACGUCCUCCGCAAUCUCGACCCCGGGACUUUAUGGAACCGGCGCUAUCCAUCGCAAGUUCUUCUUGAUCGUCUCUCUUCCAUCAAGGAGGUAUCUCUCAUGGUUGACCGCAAGACUGGAGUUUGGUAUCCGGGAGACAACAACCGCAAUCCAAUCGGCCACUUUCUGAACAUCCCGGGCAUUGAGAAACUCGAACUUUUCAAUCUAGGCGGCCAGUCGCAUGCACAUGGUGUGGCUAUAUCGCACUCACUAAUCGCUUUUCCGACAGCUACCAACAUCACUACGUUGGUCUUCCGGCACUCAGGUGCCUUUAACCGGGGUCUGAAGUCGUUGUUCCAAUGCACGCCAAAAUUACGGUCUCUUACGUACGAGUCCUACUUCAACGCCCAGGCACAGACAACCCAGCGAGGAGAUCUGCUCAUGGUCGACGCUUGGAACGAGCACCUCAGGCCCCUGCAAUCCACUUUGGAAGUCCUAGUCCUCACCGCGGAAUACUCCGACCCAGACGCCUUCUUCUUCGCCCAACCCCGCAUCGGCGAUAGACUCUGCGGCUUCCUUGAUCUCACCGACUUCACCGAACUACAUACCCUUGAGGUUGCCUUCCCCUUCCUCACUGGCGACGUCGACUUUUCCAUCACCAAGGAUAUUUAUCCCCUAUUCCCGCCAAACCUUCGCCACCUCACGCUACGCCCCGAUCUCUCGCACGCCCAACUCCCCUUCCCCUUCGACUCCUCCAUCCUACCCAACGGCCUCACAUUCGAAGAGUCAAAACAAGAAGCACAGUGCCUGAUGAACGCCCGCAUGGACGUAUCCUACAUGUUCCAAGCCUCCCUCUCCCUCCUCGACUUCUGGCCAACUCUAGAAUCCAUGUCCGUCUGGCAGCCUGCUGAUCCGUCGCUCGAGUGGUUCGACGGCCAGAUUGAAGACUUUGCGACGACGUGUCGGAAUAAGAAUGUCACGGGGAGGCUGCUGAAGCCGAUGUUGCUGAGGUGGAAGAAGGCGGAGCAUUGGGAUUUGAUGAAGGAGACGACGCUUUAUGAUCGGGGUGAUCCGCUGUUGGGGAGCGUGGAUAGGUUUUGGAGGGAGGAGUGGGAGGGGAGGCCGCUGGGGAUGGGGUGUCAGUAUCAUUUGAAUGCGCUGAGUAAGGGGAAGGUUAAGCUGCGGAGGUAG